CAUCGGCAAUACUCCCUUACAGUCUCUUUAUUAUCUCCACCAGAUCUGCACCAUUUCUAAUUUUCUUUGCUCAAAAAUUGAUAUCAGUUUCACAUGAUGAUUAUGAUGUUUUACAUAAAAUCCUGCUGUUGAUCCUUAUCGGAAAUGUACACACUCAUCAAAUAUUUUCCAUAGUUCUGUUUCUCUUCUCUCUCUCUCUCUCUUUUUGAUGGGGAGAGGGAGGUUUUUGCGGAUGAAUGAUGAUGGCGGAGGCGAAUAUCUAUGGACGGGAAUGGUUGGAUCAUCUUCACCAUCGAGAUCGCCGCCGAUUUCGUCUCCGCCGCCCACGGUCGGCGUCGGCGUUGAUGAUGGGGUAAAUUACAUACUCCACACCGUCACGAAAUUCGAUACGCUCGCCGGAAUAGCCAUCAAAUACGGAGUUGAAGUAGUAGACAUAAAGAGGCAAAAUGGGUUGGUGACAGAUCUCCAAAUGUUUGCUCUUAAGACCCUCCAAAUACCAUGCCCUGGCAGACACCCUCCUUCCCCAAGCUUGUCCAGUGGGCACGAAACUCCUGCACGGCCAGGCAGCUCUCAGCAGUCCGCAUCUAGCCGUAGAUACUCCGAUAUAUUCGAUUCGUUUCAAUCACUAAAAUUAAAAGCUUCUUCGGAUGAAAAAGUUUCACCGGCUAUGAGCCUCUUGCGAGGGUAUUAUGGUCUCAAACCAACCGAGCCAUUCUCCGGCAGAUCAUCCUUUCCUACUUCCAAUCCCCCACUCAGCCACCAUAGAAAAUCCAAGAGCGCCGCAAACUGUUUAUUAGCUUCCGAAAACGGUCAUCUCGUCGAUCGGCUCAUGCCUGAAGAACCCGAAACUAGCGACUCGAUCGAAAAGCAUAUCAGACGGCGCCAAAAAUCUGUUGCCGAUUUCAGCAAAUGCACCACUCCAGAAAAAGUUCUGAAGGAGGAAAACACUAACGGAAUCGCAAUAUCAUCGAUCACUGGUAAAGGCUUGGCCCUCAGGCCCAAGUCUUCGGGCCGGGCUGCUGAUGGUGAAACGGGCCCUUUUCCUUUGAGUUUGGGGGAUUCUCUCUUAAAUGACAGUGGGAGUUGUGUGAGGAAGUCGUCGAGCACGUCGAGUUUGCACGACUCGGAAAAUGGGGCAUUGUCGUCAAUUUGGCUGACGUCUAAGUGGAGUUUGAAGCCGGACUUUCAAGCUUUUUCGGCUGCAGCCAUUGCUAGGCCCAUAUUUGAUGGCCUGCCUAAACCGUCUAAUCGAAAGAACAAAGCGGCACUGGAUUAGGUUAGUUAGUCUCUUUUUUCAUAUUUAUUGUUUCUAAUUGAUGAAAUAGCAAAAGGAUGAUUCGUGGUAAAGAAAGAAAUAAAACGUUCGAAUCUCAUCGGAUAGUCUUCUUUUAUUUUAUUUUUUUUUUUCCUUUUUUUUUGUCAAAGAUUUAAUUUUAUGCUCUUUUAAGUGGACUGUAAUAGAGCAUGUGAGCAAGCAGCCUUGGAUAGGCGUAUGUAUAUUAGACUUUUGGGUCUGUUCACUUUGAUGAUGGAGAAAAAGGCAUGUAUACAUAUCAUGAUUUAUACAAAUUUGUAUUGCUUCAGAUUGUCUGGUGCCAGUUGAGUAAAACUGAAACUGGUAUUUAUUCUGUAAAAGCGAAUUCAUAAAGAGAAGUUAAAAU